CACACCUUAACGUCCACACUUCCAGUGGUGCAAAUGCUUAACCAGAAGAAAGUGCUCGCCAUUUUCUCCAUCUGUUUCCAAGAACUAGGCUAGAUACAUUUCUUUCAGAGCUCUAAAGUUACUUUUACGCCGUUUUCAGGCCGUAAUCGAACAUCUCAUAACUUCUAGUUGUACUCGAAUCUCGAAGCUCUGAAUCAUGGCGUUCUUAAUGCAGCAGGUGAUGGGGGAUAAGUUGAAGAACAUGAUGGGUGGAGGAGGGGAGGACUCGGAGGCGUCCGGAGGGGACGGAAAGGAGACCGCUGAGUCUAAAGGAAUGAGCCGAGAGGAGUUCGAGGAGUACCAGAGACAGCUUGUGGAGGAGAAGAUUCAGAGGGAUAAAGAUUUUGUAACAAAGAAGGCAGAAAGAGCCAACCUGAGAGGACUGCUGAGAGACAAAUACAGACUUCCACAGAGUGCGCAGGACGAUGCCAUGGUCCAGAUGGCAGGAGACGACAUAGACAUACCAGAAGAGCUGGCCAAGAUGGUGGAUGAGGAUGAAGAGCAGGAGGAGAUCAACGACUCGUUCAUGGGUAAACUCCAGAACAUGGAUGUGGACUUUGAUGCGAUCAAAACCAAAGCUCAGACCACCAUGACGGAGGUGAAGCAGGCAGCGGAGGAGAAGUGUGUGCUGAUGUGAGAGAGAACUGUGAAUAAAUCGACAAUAAUUCAGUGUAGAAUCAGCUGCUAUUUAACUAUUAGAUAAAUUAGAUUAAAAUACAGUAGACAGGUUUUUAUUAGGUAGAUAGCUGCAUUUUAAUGCAGAAGCAGUGGUUUGUGGAAAGCUUUGCAGAACCAUUACUUAGUCCUUUUUUAAAUUGCUUCUCACUUUAAAAAAGUUUAUGUUCCAUGACUUUUGGCAUGUCAGGGUAUAAGAAAAGUAGAAAAAUUCCCUUCGUUUUUGCAAACCAGUAUUUAGUGUGGUUUAGUGAAGUUUAAUAUGCAAAGUACCAGUCAAAAGUUUGGAAACACUUUUUCUCCUCCAAUGUGUUUUUCUUUCUUUUUAUGUUUUUUUUACAGUGUAAAUUUAAUAUUAAAGACUAUAUCAAAGCUAUACAGAAACACAUGUGGAAUUGUUCUGUAAAAAUACUGUUAAGCAAACCAGAAUAUGUUUAAUACUUUAGAUUCUUUCAUGUCUUUAAUAUUAAUCUACAAUGUAGACAA